AUGGCUCCCAAGCCCUCUUCGUCCACAAGGGCGUGGGAUGGUCUCACGCCCUCUCUGUCCGAAUGGACUCUCGACGCUGUGGCCUCCAUGGGCUUCACGCGCAUGACCCCCGUUCAGGCCUCCGCCAUCCCUCUUUUCAUGGCGCAUAAAGAUGUUGUGGUGGAGGCAGUCACUGGAAGUGGCAAGACACUGUCUUUUUUGAUUCCAGUAGUGGAGAAGCUUCUGCGACUCGAAGACCCGCUCAAGAAGCAUCACGUUGGAGCCAUCAUCAUCUCUCCGACACGAGAAUUGGCAUCGCAGAUAUACCAGGUCCUUGUGUCACUAUUGGAAUUCCACCCUCCUUCCGCCGCUGCCAUAAAGCCGCCAGAGGACGAUGCGCCUCGUCCGAAAUUAUCUUCCUCAACCUUGAAAGUCGUCCCACAACUUCUUUUGGGCGGUUCAACAACUCCCGCGGAGGACUUGAGUACUUUCCUCAAGCGGUCACCAAAUGUGCUGGUGUCGACACCGGGAAGACUGCUCGAGCUUCUUUCGUCGCCGCAUGUGCACUGCCCCCAGUCGUCCUUCGAGAUGCUCGUCCUCGACGAGGCAGAUAGAUUGUUGGAUCUUGGGUUCAAGGAGGACUUGCAAAAUAUUUUGCGUCGGCUGCCCAAGCAAAGGCGAACGGGACUAUUCAGUGCCAGUAUUAGCGAAGCUGUUGAUCAGAUUGUGCGGGUUGGCCUGCGGAAUCCCGUCAAGGUUGCUGUCAAGGUGAAAGGGACGGCCGGAGUCGUGGACAAGCGAACCCCUGCAAGUCUGCAAAUGACCUACCUGACCACACCGCCAGCCCUUAAAUUCGCCAUCCUAAAACAAAUCCUCUCAUCCGUCCAACUCACGCCUCAAAAGACCAUUUUCUUUGUGUCGACAUGCUCCAGUGUUGACUAUCUAUCUAUCAUCCUGCCCUUGAUAAUAGGAGACGAAUUCCACCUGGUACCACUUCAUGGGAAACACCCCGCAAACGUCCGCCAAAAGAACUUCACCCGCUUCACCACAUCCACCACCCCUGCCAUUCUUCUAACCACCGAUGUCGCCUCCCGCGGACUGGAUAUCCCGUCUGUCGAUCUAGUUGUGCAAAUCGACCCACCCUCCGACCCAAAAACCUUCAUCCACCGCUGCGGCCGCGCCGCCGUGCCGGCCGCAGAGGCCUCAGCAUUGUCCUCCUACAUCCAGGGCGCGAAGAAGAUUACCCUACCAAGCACAGUCUCCGAAGCCGAAGCAGCCAAGGAGGCCACGGACACAGUUCGCAAGACCGUGCUACGAGACCGUGCACUCUACGACAAGGGCCAGAGGGCCUUCGUCAGCUGGCUACGCAGCUACAGCAAGCAUCAAGCCAGCAGCAUCUUCCGCGUAGAAGAUCUAGACUGGGAAGCCCUCGGCAAGGCAUGGGGCCUACUUAGGCUACCGAAAAUGCCUGAACUGCGCGAAUUCACCGGAGACAAGAAGUUGGGCGUCGACGUGGACUGGGACAACUACGCAUACAAGGAUAAGCAGCGUGAGCAGCGUCGGAAGGAGGUGAUGGAGGAGAAUUUGAACGGAGAUGCGGCGCAUCAGCAGGCGUCUCGGAAGCGGCGUGCCAAUGAGAGCGUGGCGUGGAGCCAAAACCAAGAGUCGCGGGAGAAGAAGCUCAAGCGGAAGGAGUUCAAGAAGGCGCAGAAGGAGAAGGAGAGGUGGGAGCAGUUGCCGGAGGAUGAGAAGCAGAGGGUUCGGGAGACGAAGCGUAUGGUUGAGGAUAUUCGUGCAAAGAAUGAGCAGCAACGACUGCUCAACCACGCGACGAAGGCAGGCGCUGCGAAUGAUGGCCAUGGGGAUGGGGAAGACGAAUUCCAGGGGUUUGAUUAG